GCAGAUCAACAGAACAUGCUAUAGUGGAGAUAACUGAUAAUUUUAAGAAAGCGAUUGAUAAAAAUCUUUACACGUGCGGAGUAUUCUUAGACUUUUCCAAAGCGUUUGAUACAGUUAAUCAUCAAAUAUUGUUAAAAAAAUUAGAAGCAUACG